ACAGUACUUUUUAUUGUUGUACUUAAAGUGGAAAAAAAGGACAAAAGUUCAAAAUGAUCAAAAGUAUUGGGAGUUUCGUCAAGAAGAAGAUGGCAGAUGUUUCCAACGCAUCUCUGCCUCCCCCUCGACCUCCUCCACCUCGUCCUCCACCUCCGAAGGAAUAUGCUAACACUCCAGCCCCGCCUCCUCCACCGAAAGCAGCUGCAGUAGUACAAGAGGCGCCCAAGGAAGAAGUUACAGUGGUACAGGAACGAGAAGCUAGCUUUGAGACAGAGUCUGACCUAACCGAGGCCCUGAACGUCUCUGGGGAGGUUGUGAAUGAGAAAUCUCUGGAUGAAACAAUCGACUACAUUGAUGAGGACAAUUACGACACUGCUGAGGAAUUCCUCAGGAUUUCAAGUGCUGAUGGCACUUCUAAGGACUUGUCUCCUGAGAAGGAAGGAGGUCUUGCAGCAAAGUCAGUGGUGAAGGAGGCGCACAUCGUCAGUCAGGCUGUGACUGUAGAGGUGAUGUCUCAGGAGUUUGUCAGCACCGGACAAGUCAGGUCAGUUCAGAUUUCACAGACAGGAGGCAGCUCUCAGCAGGGGGAGUCUGUCGAAGUCUGCGAGGUCACUGAAACUUCACAGGAGAAACCAUCUGCUGAAAUUCAGGGUCAAGUAGAAUGUAUAGAAGUUUUGCCAGUGGCAGGAACUUCACAACAGGAAGAAUCUUCUGAGACGUCACAGGAGACUGUGAUUUCACAACAGGUGGCCUAUGUGGAUGUUUCAGAUGGUGAUUCCAUAAAGGAACCUCAAGUUUCUGAAGGAGCUGUGGAUGAUGUUGAUGCCCCACCUAGAGAGUUGAGCUCCAUUGACAAGAAGGACUCUGCUCAUGCAUCCAGAGAAUCGAUCAUGGCAGAACUGGACUCAGCUUGGGUCUCUGUAGAAACUAGCGCUCUGGAGGAGCUCAGGCCGUCAAGUCGCAAAGCUUGUAGGGACAUAGCCUUUACGGCGGACAAGGCCAAGGGUGUGAAAGUGUCAGAAAUGGUGUCCAUGUUUGAGCAGGGCAGUGAAGCGCAGCAGACAGUUUACGUCGCCCAAGUGUCCCAGGUUUCGAAGGUGUUCGUCUCAGAGGAUUCCUCUGCACAGGUGCCCCAGCAGGCUGUGUUAUCUCGGGAGGUCGUCCCUCCUCCCUCUGACGGUUAUGCUUCAGAGGACCCGGAUUAUGCGGAAAACACCGACGUAGCAGAGGAUGCGGACUACACUGAAGAUGAAACAGAGGAUGAACUGUUCAGGAGGGAGAGUGACUUCUGGGAAAUUGACUUUGACAAGUAUAUGGAUGCCUUAUUGGCAGACCUACAGAAUACCAUAACCCCGGGGGGCACCGCCCCUGGUACCCCGUACCCAGCUCACAACGGGGCGUCCACGCCCUCCCCAGGCCCCUCCCCAGGGCCCUCCCCAAACGCCACCCUCAUUCACAACCAUAUCCACAACCGCAAUGGGCACGAUCAGAUGUACCACCAGGAGCGGGUGGAGGAAGUGCGGACGGAGCAGAGGUCUUCGGGAGGGGGAACCAAAAUGUCCUUCAACAACAACCUGUCCGAACUGGACACUCUCCUCCAGGACCUCAACAACGCCCGGUACACAGGUGUCUUCAAAGAGCCAGCUGCCACGACCAAUGGCACGAUCAACGGUUCCAGGCCAUCUGUGGAUUCCCUGCUGGACGAGUUGAACAGCGUUGACACUAGCCGAGAGAUCGUCGAAUCCCACACGGUGACCCACGAGGUGAAGACGACCAAGCUGCCCAUUGCUUCGUCCACGUCGCCCCAGCCCAUGCCCGCGCCCUUGCAAGCUCCUCAGCCUCAGCUUCAGCAGCCUCAGCCGCAGCAGCAGCCUCCUCCACCGUCGGCCAGGGCGCCCCACCCCUCUGCCUCCAGCGCCACCAAGGAGCUGGACGACCUGAUGGCGUCCCUGAGCGACUUCAAGAAAGGAGAUUUGACGGAUUUAGAAAGUCAGAUCGUUCAGGAGAAGCCAGUUUUGGAGCAAGUGAUUGCAACCACAGCCACAGCGUCCUCUUCGGCCUCGUCUACUAUGGAAGUCAAAAAGACCAAAAAGGUGUUUAAAUUCAAAAGGUCAUCAGAAAGCACAGACUCAGAUUAUGGCUCCUUGACAAGAGGAGCCCCACCAAGACCUCCUCCUCCAGAAGAUGCCGAUUUACUCGCCAUUCCUCCACCUCGUCCUCCAGUUCCUACGGCCUACUCUGCUUCCCCUAUUCCACCUGAAGCUUACAUCUUCGGAUCUCCCGUUUUGAUUCCAGUGCCAGCAGGGGUAGGUCGAGGCCAUUACAUUCCUCACCAGCAGUUACAGAAUAACCCGCUCGAGGACCCCUUCCACCGGCCCCCAUCAGGUGGCCCUGUCAAACGCAACGACGCAGAGUAUCGGUGGGUGACCGAUGCCACCAAGUAUGAGGUCAGGGAGGUCAUAGAUUUCCCAUGUGUCUCAGAGAAAAAGCAGGAGAAACUGAGGAGCCCUGCCCUUGUCAGGAAGUUGAUCAAUGCCAGCAGCCUCCAGACACAGGUAGACUCGGCUUACGCCAAACCUCAGAAGCCCAAGAGUCCCUCGCCCCCGACGCCCACGCCCACGCCGCCCACGCCCACGCCCACGCCUCCCAAGGAGCCCACGCCCCCUCCAGUGAACCAGCUGGAUUGUAUGCUGGGGUCUCUGGCCACACACAUGACCGAACAGGGCAUCACGACGACCCAGAAGGGAUGUUGCUGCGCUUGUGACAAGCCCAUCGUAGGACAGGUGAUCACUGCGCUGGGGAAGACGUGGCAUCCCGAGCACUUCACCUGCACCCACUGCAACCAGGAGCUGGGCACGAGGAACUUCUUCGAGCGCGACGGGAAGCCCUACUGCGAGGUCGACUACCACAACCUCUUCUCGCCUCGCUGCGCCUACUGCGACGGCCCCAUCUUGGAUAAAUGCGUGACGGCGCUGGACAAGACGUGGCACCCGGACCACUUCUUCUGCGCCCAGUGCGGCAACACCUUCGGCGAGGACGGCUUCCACGAGAAGGACGGGAAGCCCUACUGCCGCAACGACUACUUCAACAUGUUCGCCCCCAAGUGCGGUGGCUGCAACGCCCCUAUCAUGGACAACUACAUAUCAGCUCUCAACGCCCAGUGGCACCCCGAAUGCUUCGUCUGCAGGGAUUGCCGACAACCCUUCAAUGGGGGAUCGUUCUUCGACCACGAGGGUCUUCCCUACUGCGAGACCCACUACCAUGCCAAAAGAGGAUCGCUCUGUGCAGGUUGUCACAAGCCCAUUACAGGUCGCUGCAUCACUGCUAUGUUCCGCAAGUUCCACCCGGAACACUUCGUUUGCUCGUUUUGCCUGAAGCAACUGAACAAAGGCACCUUCAAGGAACAGAACGACAAGCCAUACUGCCAUGGAUGCUUCGACAAACUCUUCGGUUAAGUUACUUACAAGAUGCCGAGUCGAGGUUGGAAGUCGAGGUACAACACAGUGAAUGGUGCGUUCAAACACGCAGAGACUUGAUGAUAUGUUUCAAACUCUAUGGAUUCAUUUUGAGAAAAAAUUUAUUGAGAAAACUAUGGAAAAGAAUCUGGUGUGUCUGGAGGAAAAGAAAAAUAAAAGGAUCAAUUCUCCAACCAGUCAUAGUUACUGUCCCUUGCAUAAUAGGUAGUAUGUUCAUGUCUGCAUCUAUUCAACAGACUGUUAUAGCUGUAGGUCGAUACAGACCUUAUUACCCAUCUUAUGUGGUGAAAGGUUUUGCAGAAUUAUCAACACAUGCUUCUUUCGGUAACUUCAUUGUUCCGCAUUGCUCAUACCAAUACAAAAGGCGAACUGUUAGAGAAUUUCCUACAACCGUGUAUAUUGGUUUUAUAGUUUCAUACUGCAUUGUGAUUAAAUUUGCAUUAGUAUAUGUUCAUUGUAAAUAUGAAGAGUGGACUCCGAGUGAAUUCUUGUGGUACUUGUGUGAAAUAAUGAGCUUUAGAAUUAAUCCUCAAUGUAAGAUAUGUAGAGGGUUUGACAUAUUCUGUCAUUCAUUAUUAUACUACUACUUUGUCGUACUAUUUACAAAAAUAUUACUAAAGUUUAGUGAAUUUUUUGUACUAAAAUCUAUCAUUAGAUUGCACUCCAGAUUGUCAGUGCAGUAUAACUGUACAACUCAUUUUAUAUAUGCGUAGGGUAGUAUGACAUCAGUGUUUUAAUUAGAGAGGAAAAGGUGCAUGAAGAUUUUAGAAUUCUUCUUAAUUCCAGCAAGCAAAAACUGUAUUUAAGAAGGAAUUGCUUUCAUAACUCGUGCUGAUAUUGAGUUUUGUUGAAAAUCUCUUCCUAAGUUAGAAUGUUGACAAUUGUGCUUCAUGUUUUCAUGCAAUCCCUUAUUAUUUUAUAUGCAAUAACUUGGCAAGAAAUAUUGCAAAUGAGAUUAACACUCAACUGCAUACAGGUUGAAAGUGGUGCAUUAACUUGUGGCUUUUAGAAUUGCAGCACAAAUUUUUUUAAAUUGUAGUAAACUGUGCACAAAUGCAUGCACAAAAAUGCACCACCAGUAUGGUGUAAGCUAAAAAGUUCACUGUGAAUAGGAUGCUCAACUCUAAUAACUGGUAUACUAAUAGUAACGAUGAUGCUGCUGUAUAGUGCCGUGUUGUCAUCACAUUGAAUGACAAAAGUGCAAUACUGAUCGUUUGACCGAAGUUGCAAUUGUAAACGUUUUUAAUGACGUGCACUUUUUACAGCAUAUUCAAAAAAGCUCAUGUUUGGACUAUUUUUGUGUUAUAGGGUGAUCAUAGUAGGGAGACAUUACUGUAUUUUCUGUGCCCAAAUAUUAUAUUUUAUUAUUCUUGUGUUCUUUGUGUCUCUUAACCAUAUAGAAGCUAUUUUGGUAGAAAAGGGGUAAGAGAAUAACAUAGCUUACUGAAAUUUUUUUUUCUCUUCAUGGUGUCGGGAGGUAUACGUGCUAUGUCAGUAAUGUUUUAAUGCAUGUUUGCGUAAAUGCAUUUGGGCUUUUAUAUAAACACUUAUUGUAGAUUGCCUUAUUCCUUUCUGGCCACAUUCUCAUGUACACAUUGAAUGAUGUUUUAACUGGACUUUUCAUCAUUAGCUUUAGAUCAGGUGAGUCCGCCCCUCUUGAUAUCUGCCUUUGGAUCAGUCAUCCUCCAAACAAGGGUAGUCAUUUUCCUUACCCCCUUCAAACCAUAUCACAUUUCAUCUCAGAUAGUCUAAGAGCAUCCAUUCCUGUCGAAAUGGAAACUUUAACGUUAGGUUAGUUCUUUCAUGCUUAGAACAAUAUUGUCUCUUUCUCUCAUAUAUAUCUUAUCUAUAACUUUGAGUGAUAAGUUCUGCAUGAAGAGGAUUGUUAAUGUUACUGUUUAGGUCUGCUGUAGUGAAGGGUGAUUUUGAAGUCCUAAGUCAACCGUUUUUUGUAGCUUUUGUAAUUGAUUAGUAGGGAAGAGUAAUUUAAAGGUUUUAUGUAAAUUAUUUAGCACCUAAUAUACAUAGAGUCAUUAAAAAGUUAGGAGUUUUUCCUGCUUGCACUAUAACAUUGUUUCUAAUAUUUUUAUGCCAAGGUACUUUACUGGUGUCACGGCCGUUUUUUUGUUUUUGCAUUGUUCUGCUGUACCACAUUAUCAUAGAACUUCCAUAACAGUACUAGCUUUAUGGUAAUUUGUUGGCUGAAUUCACUGAUAAAGUUGAAAUAUUUAAUAACUGACUGAUUGGAUUAAUAAUAAUAAUAAUAGUUCUGAUGAUAUGAAUACAGAGAAGAACAGGCACAGUUUGAGGUGACACCUCUAACUUAUUUCUUGAAUUGGCAUAUUGAGAAUUUCGUGCUACUUUGCAUUAUCUGUAUAUUAAUCCUGAAUGUGAUUCUUAUUAUGGGUUUAUUUUUGUUACAUUACCUGGAAAAAUUAUUUAUUGAUGCUUCAUUUUGAUUCUGAUCGACUUAGUAUUAACUACUCUGGAUGUGAUUAGGUUUAGGGUUUUUUUGUAUUCCAUUGCUAGUGAUGGUAACACAGUCCCGUUUUUUAUGAGGGUAAAACUGCUGAUUUUUUUUUUAUUUUGCUGUAGAUGCAUUAGCUCCAUUAAUAUCAGUCAUGAUAGCAUGUAGUACUCAGGUUUUCAAAAUUAUGAAUCUUUCUGUAGGGAAACUAACUUUGAUAAUGUUAUUCAAAAAUAUCAAGUCUUAAUAUUGUAUUUCUGUAAUUGCCUGGGUAAGAUUUGUUAUAAUUCAGUUUGUCUAAGUCAUAAUGUUUAAUUUUAUGUAGAAUAAUCCACUAAAAUGUGUCUCACACUAAUGUGACUUAUCAAGGUUUGAAGACGUGUGUUGCAAAGCCUUAUAUAAAUAUAUUUUCUUUCUAGGUUAGCAAGACUCAUUAUUACAUUAUCGAAAAUGAAUGAAAUAUAUAAAUAAUAUUACUAUACUGGAAUAACAAGAAGAGGAACACAUUCUUUUUGUGUGCACCAAGCUAACAUUUAUUGCAGAACUAAGAAAUGCAUUGCACUACCAUACUGAAUCAAAAGGGUUUUUAUGUGCUAACUUUAGGACUGCACUUAUGUGUCAGAUUAAUUCGUGUUGGCCUGGUGGCCCAUUGAAAAUACAGUGUGCUGUAUUGGUGUUUGGUUGUAGUUGUUAAUAUCAAAGAUAAUUGUAACAUAUUGAUAAAAUUCAUUUUGAUAUGUUCUCUCUUGUAAACUGUAUGCAGUGUUUUGAUAAAUGCAAACUUAGAAUGUGUGGUCUGAUACAAGGAAAAUGUUAAAAAGUGACUUUUAGAAAUAGUCAAGUAUAGACUUAAGGUGUUUGAUCAGUUUUAUAUUAUUAAUGCUCAUAAGAACUUCAGGGAAGGUUUUCUAGAACUUUUCACAAAUUGGACGCUGUGGCCCAGGCAAGAUUCUGUUCUUCAAACAGUUUCAAGUUAUGAAAGCUUUUAACCUUGUGUUUAUGCAAUAAGUAUGAAAGGUAUUCAUUUCACUUUUAUUCUUGCCUGUAUAUAUUGUGAAAUUCUUGUGACUAUUGGGGUGCUGAAUAUACAGUUUCAUGGCAAAAUGUGGUUUCCAGCUUCUUAGGAGGGUAAUUUCGGCAUUUUCAGGUAUUUCUGAGAUUAUGUGAAUUGGUUCAGUGCAGUAAGGGUUCUCUGCUUUUACAGUCUGCAUUCUGUUAGCAAAUGAAGGAUAUCAGUUCCCUUCUAACUUCUGUUAUUAUUGAAUCAUUUCAGCUUUGUAUUGCUUUUAAUGUUAAGCUCCUAUGUUUGGAUUAUCAGUAAUGAUAUUGAGUUGACUUGAAAUUGCUGUCAAUUUUUUAUACCUAAUGGUAUAAUGAAGUUUCCAUUAACUCUUUUCUUUAUUGAUAAUGAUAGUUUGGCAAUAUUGUAAUACAUUAAUUUAUUCACAGUAUUGUCUCAUUUGACAAUGUAAACUUGUUCCUUUGCUUAUGCGCGCAAAAUGGUGGGAAAUGGGCCACAUAGCAUAAAAGACUCAUUGCCAAGUUUAUGGAAAUGAAGUGUGUUAAGUAUUACCAUUUUAAUGGCAGAAUAUGCAGGACCAAUGUAUUUUAGAAAAACUGAGUUUUUUCAGGUAAUUUUACCUUUACAAAAGAUAAGCCUCUGUUCAAGACAGAGGUGGUGACAAUCUUCAUAUUUAGGUGGUCCUAAGUAUUUUAAGAUUAAUGUUUUAUAACUCACAGGAAACAUCCUCAUUGCUGUUUUUUCCUCCUAAUCAUUAUCGUCCACUGCUCCCAGACAGUAUUGUAAUACCAUGUCCUUUCCAUGUGCUAAGUUAAGUAAAAGCAGUCUCAUUAUAA